UGUACUGCCACGUUUUUGUGGCGCUCGAGUCAUGCACGCGGUAGCAACUGUUGUGUUGAGAGUAUGUUACACGUUGACCUCUGACCCCGGGGUAACGCACUGUGUUGACCCUGAACCUGAGACAUGAGCCCUGAAAAAGAGCCUUUUUAUCCCCACGUAAGCCCCUCGAACUGGUGACCUUUCCGCGCGGGGCAUUCGCAGCAGUGACCUUCGUCGCGACGGCCGAGUGUUAAGACCUCUGUGCUUCCCUAAAUGUCCAAGGGGUGUGUCCACGUAUUGACACACGGGGGAGAAAAACAGGCCCAAGCGAGGCCUAGGCAGCGGCCCAAACAAAUGCCAAACGGCACAGCCCUCGGCGGCGCAGCUCAUGCAAAAGCGAUCUGGCCAGACACGAGCCCCAACACCAAAAAAUCGAUGACGAUACCAUCAUGAUCUGUGCGCUAAUGCGCUGCCUUGCCGAGAGGGGCUCGCCAUGCCGCCUUGUGUAUGCGCUCGCUCGCCCCUGGACGUGCCGCACUCGCAACAGCCCUCGCACCUUGAUCUGCGUGGCGUCGGGGGCGAGGGGGCGACGCAGGAAGGAAGUGGUCCGUGAGCUGCGCGGCGCCGAGUUGCAGAGCAGAUUGCCGAUAAGCGAGUGGAAAAAUACCGAUAAGCCUCCCCGUGGUAUGCGGGGCUUCGUGACGCAACGCCUCACCGGAAUUCAAUGGACACAGGAAAGGCGUCACGCGUUUAACAAAACGCACGAACGUCGCCUCGUCACUCCGUCCCUGAACAGCGACGGUGACGGACCACCUUCGCUCGAAAACGUUUGUGUCAAGACUCUUUCUGAAGACUGAGGGAAAGAGAGAAAGAAAAAAGUGGAAAAGUGUUUGCGAGAAGAGAGUCGCCUCUUGCCCCGAGCGGACAGAGGCCGUGUUGGUUUCAAGGUCGUGAGAGCGGGCCCUUCGCCAUGCGGGGGCGGCACGUGUCCCUUGCGGUGCCCGUGUACUUGACGGCGCUGCUGUGGUGCGCGGGCGCCAUGAGCAGCCGCAGCACGGAGGACUUCACGUCGUCGCUGAUCUGGGCGCCUCUCUACCUCAAGUCGCCCUACGUCACCUUCAUGAACGACUUCCAGAAGCCGACGUGGCGCACGCGGCACCCGAUCACCAAGGAGCCCGAGCAGCUGCGCGACCUGCGCCUGCCCCGCGGCGUGCCCUUCGCCGUCAUCUGCGGCGCCUGCUUCCAGCGCUCCAUCGUGGCCACCAACCUCACCAUCAGCGUCUCGGGCCACGAGUUCCAGACCGUGCCUAAGAAGCGCAAGAACAACAAGUACGAGUACAACGUCAGCCACAACGAGUGCCUCAUGACGUACUUGAUCACGGCGCCGAUCGAGAGCGACGGCCGCGUCACGUGCACGCUGCACCGCGGCUCGCACCGCACGGUGGAGGAGAUCUCGUUCCGCGCCGUGGACGCCGAGGUGAGCGCGCCGCCCGAGGAGCUCGAGGACGACAAGAGCCCGCCCAUGCUGGAGCUGCACUGCCCCCAGCCGGAGGUGCUGCCCACCAGCGACAACCCCGUGGUGCGCGUGUGGCACGAGGACGCGCACGACAAGGGCAGCCAGGUCGUGGGCAGCCCGCUGUCCACCAUGCGCCCCUCGCUCACGCUGUCGCGCCCCAAGCACACGCGGCACGUGGCCUGCUCCGUGUACCACAUCGCGGCGCCGCACAAGGUGUACCAGACGCGGUACACGGUGCGCGGGACGCAGGCCGUCGUCAAGAAGGACUUCCGCGUGUCGGGCGAGCGGCUGGAGCUGGAGGAGGACGCCGAGGAGCUGGCGCCGCGCAUCUCGCUGCCCAACUCCGUGCUGGGCAUCAUCAUCACGGCCGUGGCGGUGUGCCUGCUGCUCACCGUCAUCGGCCUCUACCGCUUCGUCUCGGCAGCCCGGCGGCGCUGAUGGCGGCGCUGAAGGCGGCCCAGCGCCGCGUCGCUCAUACGGCUCGUGUACAGUCUUUAUUGCUCAGAUUUCUGAGUGGAUCCGUGUAGCUACGUUUGUACAGUGUUCGUCUUUCAAAUCUUUUGUAAAAAAAUAUAUAUAAAAAUAAUUAUGUUUCCCCUUUGCAUGCACAUCUCUCACACUUCAUUCAUACAAAUAAUUUAUUUUGAUAUGAAUCUGCGACUUUGUAUCUGCUUCAAAGAUAUAUUUUAUGACGCAAACCUGUUCAUCGACUUGUCUUCUUCUACGGAUGUUAUGUUUAAGCCGACGGAGUUGCUAAGCAACAAUUGGCAACGUGAAAGGGGUUACCAAGUAACGGCAGAAGUUGUUAAUAAAAGUGUACAAUACAUGAC